AUGGACUAUGUGCUGGGCCUGCUGUACGCCACGAAGCGGUAUGAGCCGCUCGACACGUCGAGAGUGCACCCCGGUGGCUGGGCGCCGCACCAGACACAGCCAUCGCUGUUGCACUCCGCUGCGUUUGCCAUGAACUCGCUGACCGGCGUGCCAGUGAUGCCGGACAUCGUUGGUGCCGGCAGUGACAACGACAACGAUCACACCGCCGCUGUAGCGGAGUAUCUGCUCACCCCUAAGUCAGGUAGCACCAAUCGCAAAUGGGCAGUGCCUGUGUCGGUUACUGCGAAGGCCACUCCGCCCGUCAAGGAAGCGAAGGCCGUUGAGGGUACGUCCCCGCUCAGGCGUGGCGGAAAUGCUGAGACAGAGCCGCCCUCGUCGCUUCUUCCGCCACGCAUGCCUACACUAGCUGUCGACCGCGCCCCUGCGGUGGCACUACCGCUGCACCUGCCAGGGUCCCGCCAUCGCUCGUCGUCCCUGACAGCCUGUGGCAUGCUGCCCUUGCCUACGACUGCUGCUGCGGCUGAUCACACACUUUCUUUCCCUCGUGAAAGCUCUGUGCUGAGCCCGUUAGUCCCGGGCGUGUCUACACCGGUUAUCGCCAGUGACGCGGUCCACAGCGCGACCGGUGGAGGAAGUGGCGCAACGGCUUCUGGUGGACGCCCCGCCAUUCGGCCACAACGGCUAGAGUACAGUGUGCCCACCAAGGUGAUUUCGGGGAAGUACGUGCUGCUAUACCUACCCCCGCCUCACCGGGCAGGCGAGACAUCCGCUGCGGGGUUGUGGGGUAGCGUCGGCCCUGGCAGUGCUCUGGCGGUCACUAGCUCCGGUGGCGCAGCUUGUGGUGGCGGCGGUGCCGGUGCCAGCGGCGCGCGUGCGCACCAGACAUCGGCACUGCUGCAAAGUCCUCAUAUGGAUCCUUCAAAGCAGCGUCUAGGCUCCAGCGCGUCGUCCUCUUCGUCCUUCAUGACCGGUGUGAGCCCUCAUACAAUGUCCACUGGCGGCGGCCGGCCAAACUUCUCCGCGCCAAUGAGCAAGUCCGUCGACCCCUCGGCAUCCGCGUCGACGGCGACGGUUGGCGGACACCACCUCAGUAAUCACCACGCCUCACACAGUGGUGCUGGCGGCGGGUCUGGCGCGGCGGCCCGGCAGGCCAUCGUGUGCGCGGCUGCUGCCGCUGCGAGCACGCAGCAGAAGCUUCUCCUCUUCUACUGUCUCCUGCUGCAUUGCCUGGCGCACCAGAAGCCGAUGCAGGAGAAGACCAGCGUGCCGUUGCUGGAUGGCCACGAUGGCAUGGACACGGCAGCCGCUGAGCCCGUUCCCGUCGCCGUUUUGGAGUUGCAGUACACGACAGAAGGACCAGCACGCAGCAACCCGGGUGGGAUGUCGAGCGCUUCCACCCUCGGUGGUAGCGUUGGCGCUUCUGGAGGUCCGGACGGACACGGCAGCGUAGCUUCGAUCUCUCCCGGGGUCACCGCAGGCGGUAGUGUCGGGGCGGGCAGCGCAGCUUCUCCGCCGCCCAGCGGGUCCCGCACACAAGUCUACAGCCCUUUACCAGUGUCCUUGUCCCCCCACAGCGCCACUGACGGCGUACGCGGAGUCUCGAUGCAACCUGGUACCUCCUUCAGCGGUGGUGGCCACCUGUCAGCCACCGCCUCCGGCUCGGCCUCUCCGCGCGCAUCUUCCGCCAUUCCUUUGGUCCACAACGGCGGCGACCCUUUUGUGGCGCGAUCAGAGGCUUGCCCAGACGAGGGAAGCGCUACGGCUGCGACAGCCUUGCACGAAUUGUUGAGGGGCAGCCUCAGCAAUGCUGACGUGGUGGCCACGCAGCGGCUCAGCUCAGUCCUGCGCCACCUUCUCGAUGGUCAGCCGGACGUGUGGCUCAGCCCAGACAACAUUGUCUUCGAUAGCGAGAUAACGCAGAGCCCGUACUAUGGCGGGUGGUACUCGGUGGAGAGCAACGACGGCUAUCGGCGAGUCAUGCAGAUGUGCAACAUACAGUCCUGGCCGGCCGUAGUGCUCGUCGACCCGGCUGGCAACAUCGUGACUGCGGACGCGCUGCAGUACAUGGAGGAGGAGCUGGCUCGCUACAUCGAUGAGGUGGACGCCAGCAUCGCAAGGGCGCCCGCGCUGCGUGCCGCGGCUCCCACCACUUUUCCCAUCGUGGCGGCCUCAUCACUCGCCACCGGCCCGGGGAGCACAUCGAUGUGUGCAACGACGAGGGCAUUGGUGAGCGCGUCGUCUCCUUCGCCGCAGGCCAGCGAGGUCUCGCAGCAAGCGCUUGCUCUCCCACCACUCUAUCAAUACAGGGUAGACAUCAAUGGACCGGGCGUGAAAGAGAAGUCGCCGUCGUCACCGCAGCCGCGCGCGCCACAAGUGGCGGAGUCGCCAGCAUUAUCGCCGUUGCAGGGCGUCCCCACGGCGACGGGGCACUCCAACACGAAUCCUCUAACUUCACGCGUCGAGGUUGCGGCCGACGAUGGCAACGCGUCCACUAAUGACUCUGCGCACACGCCAAAGAGGCGUAGCACAAGCUUAUUGGGCUCCCCUGACCGCCGUGAAAGCCCUGCCUCUGUUCACGACCCACAGAUCCCCACCGCUGAGCCCACCCCGGUGAAGGCGGUUUCCAUUACAACGUGCUACGUGGCGGACAGCAGUGCACACUCGGCAACCUCUACAGCGACACCAGCGACAGCAUCGAUAUCGGCAGUGACUGUAUCUCCUCUGCUCCCCAACGCGAGCAUGAGCAACAACGAUUUCGCUGCCGGCGUACAUCAGGGUAUGAUGAGCCCCGGUCGGUUGGAGGAAAAGGACGAGCAGGGCGACGGACAAGGUGUGCUCAUUGCCGAGCAGCUGCGCGAUACUGCGAUGACGUCCCUCACUCGCUUCGCCACGGAUGACGACAGUGACAACACGUGGCAGAAGAGUUCAGACAAGGCUUGUAAGAAAUCGAUCAGCCUCACGACCCAGCCUUUCUGCCGCCUCUCGAUGCCAGCGCUGCAUCAGAGUGCAGCCACUGCAGCGUCCUCAGUGACCUUCUCCCCCAGCAACGUAUGCAUGACGAAGGGCCACGCAUCGUUCCCCAGCUGGGACCCAAAGGCCUACGGAGGCGACGUCGCCGGCGUGCUUGCAGUGAGUGACUUGGAUUCGGAAAUGGACAUCCCUACUCAACUGGGCAAGACGGAGGGUUGCGGCAACCAGGCGUCCAAAGAUUCCCCGUCAUCUGCCAGAGAAGAGGAGGGGAGAAACAAGGCGCCAACUAUUCAAGACCCGCUUGCAUCUGUUCUACCGCUUACAGAUGCUGAGGCGCCUAGCGCAGUGGCGCACGUGAAGACUGCGGAGGGCUUCAUUGCAGCCGCGCCAGAGGCCCCGCCAAUUUCACCGUCGUCCUUGCCAGCGCCGCUGCCGAUGUUUUCCUCACGGUUUCCAUGGAGUCGCGUGCUGGCGGAUCCGCUGACGGUGCACGCACCAGUGUCCUUGCUGUCAUCUGGCGUAGUCGCAGCGACCGCUGCCGCCUCCGCGGACGCACGGAAGGAGGACGGGAGUGUGUCCAAGGGGGACAAGACCGGCUUGUCGCCGCCGUUGCCUUCCUUGCGUCCGUUCAACCGUCGUGCGAGCACAACAGCAUUACGCGGUGAGAGGCGGCGUGACGGCGCGGAGGAUGGUAGAGUGGAUUCGAGCGAUUUCGACUGGACAACAGGCGCACGAUGCUCGACCACGCCAUCUAGAACGCCCGUUGCGACGGCGGUGGUGCCAUCGUCUGUGGUGCCCCGGCACGCCGGACUAAGCAGCGUGUCUAACAGCAUCUCCGAGUCGCUGUCAGCUAUCGCCCUUUCGCACGACAAGCUCUUUCCGCGCAGUGGUGGGACGCGAGGAGCAGCGGCAGCCCAGCUGGCGUGGUCGGGGCGCCGCUUGCCGGUGCACCCGCUGCACCGCCUUGUCUUCUGCACGGUGACGGGGUGUGAGGUGCGGGAGCGGGCGCGUCAGGCAGUCAACGACAACACCCUGUCGUCUUCAGAGCCUGGAAAGGCAAGUGGGCACUUUAUCGCUGCGUCUGUGAUGCAGGAGGCCGUUUUCAAGCCCAUGGCGGACGCCCCGAGUGAAAGUCUCGUGUUUCCAUCCCUAUCACUGGCCGACAGCAUCGACGACGGCAGCGCGCGUCGCCUGCCCGUGUCGCGUGGAUUAUCCUGCCAGACCCAGUCGCCGCUACCUUCCACCCUGGCGCCACCGCAACCGUCACUGUCGGACACCGCGACGCAGCGAAUCAUGGAACGGCUGCUCGAGAACUGGCAGCGCGAGGUCGCAGUGAAGCUCAUUCACUGCACGCAUCUUUUGAUCCUCUUCGGCGCUGGCUGGCAUCCAGGAAUGUCGAAGUUUGUGCGCGCGGUGCGCCGUCUAUGCAGCGCCAUGAACCCGCCGCCAUCUUCAUCGACCGGCGCACCGGUCUCCAGGAAAGGGUCCCACGGCGACGGCGGUGAUGUGGGGGCCUUGCGUGGAGGUCUGAGCGGCCUGAAAAUGCGGGGCUCCAACAGCCAGCUGAGCGCUGAGGACGAUGAUGUCGCUCCGUUCGCUUCUUUGAGAGGCUUCGGCAACUCCUUGAUGGGCUGGACGGGCAGCGGCCCGAUCGGCUUUGGGGACGCUAGCACUCGCCUUGGCAUGCGCAGCUUCUGCAGCUUUACUCGCGCCGACGCUGACGGCGGCGACGCAUCCGAGGAAGGGGAGCACAUGGCAAGUGCGUCUCUUUCCGGUGAGGCGGCUGCGGUGGCCGACAAAUGCCCCGCUUCCGAUGCGACACCUCGCCGCUGCGUGCAGGUCAUCUACAUCAGUGCUGAUGAGUCGCUGCAGGAUGUGUGCUCCGCCAUGGCGGAGAUGCCGGCGGACUGGCUCUGCGUCUCCCCUUAUGUGGCACAAAACACGCUGGAGCGUCAGCUUCAGGUGCACGCGAGUGAGAUGGCGCGAUGCAUUUUUCACGUCAAAUCCUUCCCGCGUAUGGUGGUCGUAGAGCUGCCCGACGCACCGCAACCUACGAACGCAGAGCGCACGGUGGCCGUGCAUACCGGGGUCAUCAGCGCUGAAGACAGAGACGAAGUCGAGGACGAACUUGGCGACCCCGCUGGCACACUCGCGGCCCUGUGUGACGCUACCGUCGUAUCGCAGCAGUUGCUUGAGCAGCGGCUCGACGGACUUUGGAAGGUGGUGCAGCUGCACGGCGAGACGCACCUCUGCGCUGAUCCAGAGGGCAAGGAGUUUCCUUGGACGAGCGAGUCGGCUGAUGUGCUGCGCAUGAAGCAAGAAGAUGUGUCGGCCUUCUCGCGCCCGGGGCAGCAGAUGUUCUCUUCGUUCACCAGUGGCUUUCGACAACAGCAGCAAGACCUGCCCACCGCUCUAUCUUCGCGUCCCUCUCCGCCGUUGAAGGGCAGCAGCCCAGGCGUAUUCGAAGAUGCGAUGCUUCUUCAUUCUCACAGAGAGCUGUUGAAUGUCUCGGGUACAUUGUCCAAGAAGGCGGCUGCCGUCGAAGAGGAUGACUGGAUUGCUACCGCUGAUGCCGUGUCGCUGCACCGACCAGUGGAGCACUUCUUUCCACCCAUCAAACCGUUCCUCGUGGCAGACGGUGAACUCCCAUCUCUGCUGGAGAGGGGCGGCUACUUUGUCGUCCUCGGCGCAUUCGGCUCCGUGGACUCGCAGCUGCACCAGCAGUGCGUCAACGCGCUUGAUGAGGUGCGACGGUGGUUCUACGCAGAGGUAGAGGCGCGCAAACAGCGUGCGUGGUUGGAGCCGGCGCAGUUGCAGGUGAUGGCACCGCAUGGCACGUACGCAACGUCUUUCACGGUUGGCGGGGACCGGGCGACCUUGUCGCCUGCGGUGUUUCAAGCUACCGCAGGUGGCAGUACCGGAGCGGAGGAGCACACAUUACCUACUCGCUACUCGCCGAGUAUCACGGCGGCCGCAGCGCUGAGCGUUGCCUCUGGCGGAGCCGAUCUUGGCUCGGCUUCCGCGUUGCACCGCCCCGGCCACAGCAACCUAAGCAACAGUAGUGGCAGCGCGCCGCUGCUCUUGGAGGAUGGCUGGUCAGAAACGCGCGGAGGCCUGUCGCCCAAGCUUGCAUCGGUGAGCUCCCCGAUGCCCGGCCCGCUCACUCUUCAGCUGGAUUCUCCCGCCGGACUACACGGGCUUCACUUGAGCUGUGCCCGUUCACUGGCAAGCGCUGCCACCGCGCACAAACCCGCCACUGCCGCUCGCCCGUUGCCGACAGUGUACUUUUAUGACUCGAUCCUCAGCCAUCCGCCAGCGCCUGACUUACCGCCAUCCGCGCCAGCGACGCAUCACGGUGCUGACGCGCCUGAGCAUGACAGGCUCGGUGUCGACGAGGAGGGUGGGCUGCGGGGGAGGGCAACUCUGCUGCGUCAAGCGUCACCUGUGCCGACCGGCACACCAGCCGAGGCUUUGCCUCCGCGGUUUGGCAGCGGUGGUGAGAGCGCGGCGGUGGCCGCAUCUUCACCGUCGCUUGCUCCACCGCCGCGUGUGUCGGAUAACACCUCGGCUCUUCGCCGUCGACACGCCACGGACCUGGCGCUCUUGCAGGAGUACAUCAUUGCGCCUAUUCUAGAGGCGGAUGAGAAGCAGCUGCCGGUGCGCGAGGGGGAGCUCUACCUGGCGUGCGUCCGGUGGCCGCAGCGGACGAGCGCGGUGCUGCGGCGCCGCCUGGCUUCCGAAGGGCGGCCAAACGCCUCAGCCCAAGCAUCCUCCACGGGAAGUGCCGCAGGCUUGUCAACGUCUUCGGUAUCGAGCGCCGCUGCCGGCGGUUCAGUGGGAGGAGGUACUGCGUCUCCCACGUCUGGCAUGAACCCUGCUUUGCGAAGUCUCACAUCUUCGCAGUCUUCUGGACAGGCACAGGUGUUGCCGGAGGUGAUUACGCGUCGCUCCUCGACGCCGAGCGGUACCUCCCCGUUGCCGAGCUCGCCGACGACGCCUGUGCUUAGCAGCGUCAGUGCAGUCGCUGCAGCUGCAACGACCGGCGGUAGCAGUGCAUCAAGUCACAUCAUCACUCCGGCCAUGACGCCUGUUGUGCUGCCAUCCUCCUCCUCGUCCUUCUCUACCGUGGCCAAUGCUGGCGGUAUCACUGCAAGCGGUAAUGCAACCGACCUGACCUCCCCGUCUCUUGGCGCCACAAACCCGCACACCUCCGCUGCCACGUCGCUGAGCAACAUCAUGAUGGAGGAGGAGGGCAAGGAAGGGUCGCCCUUUCCGGACUCGACGCCGCUGGCCUCCACGGAGACCAUCAAGUCAUUCCUUUAUGAUAACAUUUUGCGCCUAAUGGAAUCCUGA